CCAGGACCUUCACGGAUGUCUUCGACUACAGCACCGAGCCAGCUUCGGAGUCUAUCGUUCCUUAUGAGUGGCAGACUCCAGAAUUCUCGAACCCUUGGGAAACGUACUGAUUAUCUUGCCAGUGGGCCAAGGCACAGUGCGAUAUGCCACCGCAGAUAGCGAUCAAACGAACUGCACCUUAUCGGUGAGCCAACAACUGCAUUGAUUGUGGUCGAUCCACCUGGGCUACUACGAGGCCAUAUCUGCGGACUCGAACGGCGGGGCACAAGCAACACGGCACCAAUCCACACAUGCGACACUGUCUUGGUUAUCUGCGCCAGAGCUUGAUGUGUGCAGCUGAUACUACGUUAGAGCCCGUGGACGCCAGGCUGGGUGGUGUUAUUGGAUGGGGCAAUAAGCGGGCUUGUUGUGGUUAUGCCGCCUUGCUGAAGUGGGCUGAAGAGCGCCGAGGUCAUGAUCUGAAAGCCUUCUCUGAUCAUGGUCUGGGGAGUCAAAGGUAGCAAGGAAGGCGAGCGAACUAGGGUUUUUUCAUCAGGAUGUAGGAUCGGUUGCAACAACAUCAAGUGAUGGAAAGAGAUACUAAACAGCUUGUGAGACCAUAAACAAACGAUGAAGCGAAACGGACCGACCACAAAUUCAAGAUACCAGAUCCGAGUCCAGUGCGGUCUUAGGUUGAGUAUGGUUCCCAUUUCAAUAUUCUCUCAGCAGGUGGAAUAUUGGGCCAGAUGCAAAGUGGGUCUGCACGGUAAGUAACCCGACAGCUUCACAUCAAACAUAGCAUUUUCAGUCUCGACGGCCUCGCACUAUGAUUAGGACAUUUAAGACCUUGAAGCAAUUACAUCACUGUACUGCUAGCAUGCGUGGCCCAUCUGCUUACCGACAAGUCUAUUUUGCUGCCUUGCCUGUCGAUUCUCCCCCAAUUUCUCCCAGCCACCUUUAUUUUAUAC